AUGUGCAGCCCGACUCCGCCGCCCAGUAGCAGGCGAGCAGGGAGCAGCGACGGGAUCCGGAGCGGCGCGAGGCGAUCGGCGGACCGGAGGAUCCCCCGCGCUUGCCUCCGCCGCUGGACAGCCCAGGCGACGAGAGUCCCCGCGCGCAGCCCCGCGACGCCGCCGCUGCUGCUGUCGCUGCUGUGGCGGGAGAAUUUGCAAGAGCAGCGGCGGAGGCGGCGGCAGAAGCAGCGAGGAGGAGAAGGGGAACCCGGGAAAGUUUGCUUGGCCUUUGACAGAGGCGAGGAGGGCAGUCAGACGUGGUGA